AUGGCUGUAGGAGCAGAGCCCAGAGUGGCCCGCAUAGCAAUGUUCAAUGCCGACACUCCUGUGCCCAAUGUUUUGGCAAAAAGGGGAUCAUAUGGGGCGAUAUUUCAUGGUCUCCUCAGCCAAGCUGCCCGCCGUGUUGCGCCACACCUCACCAUUGAAUCCGAAGAGUUUAAUGUCGUUCUUGGCGAAUAUCCCGAGGACCCGGCGAAAUUUGACAUGUUACUUGUCACGGGCGCCGCAGCGUCGGCAUACGACAAAGACGAAUGGAUCAGUCGGCUCGGCGAGUACCUACGAGAUGCGUACUCUCAGCAGCCGCAGGUCAAACUAUUUGGGAGCUGUUUUGGGCAUCAGUUGUUGUGCCAGACACUACUGGCCGACCAUGGCGCUGUCGUUGAGAAGGACGGAAAGGGCUGGGAAGUUGGAGUGCAUCCAAUUCGUUUAAGCGACGGCUUUGUCAAGGCAACCGGCUUGCAAUCAGACGGAAAGUGGGCGUCGCCAAAGACAAACAAUGGAACAGCUGUUGUAGCGGCUGAGCCCAAAACCAUGCGAUUGCAGUUUAUACACGCAGACCACGUGAUACUUCCACCACCGACUUCGAUGCCGCCAAACUGGUUUGUUGUCGGAAGCACUGAUCAUUGCGCAGUGCAAGGAGUAUACAACCCAGGCCGUGUGCUCACCUACCAAGGGCACUUUGAAUUUGACCGCUUUGUCAAUGCUGAGACCUUGACAGUCUUUGGCACUCGGUGGAAUGGUGAGGUCUUGCAGUCGGAUUUGGACAAGGUCAACUUUGAUGACGAUUCGGAAUUUGCAGCCGAGAUAGUCGUUAGGUUUCUGUUGGACAAGCCAACACAGAUUUCCGAUCUUUGA